ACUGAAUGAAAGAUUUGCACUCGAGUUAAUAGUGAAAAAUGCAAAGCACCUGAAUGAAAACUUACCUUAAUUAAUCGUGCAAAACAUUAUUUCACAAUAGUGUUAUUAUUACAUAGGUUAAGGGAGAGAUGUACACGACGUUUUGGUGAUAAUAUUUGGAGACUACUUAUGGGAAACAUAAUUUGAUGAAUGUACAUUAUUAUACUGAGCCACUAAAAAUGAAUAAAAACACCGAAAAGAAUCUUCAAUUUUAUCUUCAAAAUCGCCAAAAUGGAGAAAACAGAUACAAUUUUCGGGCUAAAUUGUUCACAGAACGUCUUAAUUUGGCCAAAAACUUGCAUAAACGAGACUUAAUUUCCCACUAUGGAUGUGUUAAUGCAAUCGAAUUCUCCAAAGAAGGACAAUAUUUAAUCUCAGGUGGUGAUGAUCGACGGGUCCUCUUUUGGAACCUGGAUAAGGCUCUGUUAAAUCAAGGAACGCCCGUUCAAAUGAAAAAGCAACACGAAAGUAACAUCUUUUGCCUUGCUUUCGACAACUCAAACAGCCGUAUUUUUUCGGGUGGAAAUGACGAUACUGUUAUUUUACACGACAUCGAGAGUGGCGAAUUGCUAGAUGUUUUUCUUCACACGAAACCUGUCUAUGGUCUUUCAAUUGAUCCCGUUAAUGAUCAGAUCUUCGCGACGUCUGGCGAGGAUGGACGCGUAUUACUCUUUGAUUUGCGUGCUAGUACUGAAAUCAUGACCGUGGCAAAAUGUCGUUCGGCCUUUCAUUCAGUAUCGUAUCACCCACUUGAUCAGAAUGUUCUCGCGACGGCAAACGCCAAGGAAGGUGCCUCUCUCUGGGAUAUCCGAUCACCUCGAAUGCCCAGUUUGCGAUAUGGUGGUGACAAUGCGACGCAGAGUUGCAUGAGUGUCCGUUUUAACUCUCUGGGAAGUCAAAUUCUAGCACUGCGUCGUCGACUGCCGCCAGUCCUGUAUGACACCAGAUACACAGAACCAAUUUGCCAAUUUUAUCAUAUUUAUUACUACAACUCCUGCACAAUGAAGUCAUGCUCGUUCGGUGGCGAAUAUGACGAAUAUGUUCUCUCAGGGUCAGAUGACUUUAAUCUCUAUGUGUGGAAAAUUGGUGACACAGAAAUGACAAAUCAAUGGGUAGAUGAGACUCACAUGGUCCUCUAUGGACACCGAUCGAUUGUCAAUCAAGUUAGAUACAACCAUCAGCGAUGUUUGAUUGCUUCGUCAGGAGUGGAAAAGCUCAUUAAAGUUUGGACAGCAUUUGACCUGGAUGGAUGGAACGGAGGACUUACCGAGGAAGCACAAGGUGCUGAAAAUCCAAGGGAAGUUUUUACACAUGAGGAAUAUUUAUCGAUGAACGGCCAAAAUAUGUCUCACGACUACACAACUAACCCGAACACGAAUGAGGACCCAAGAAUGAUGGCCUUUUUCGACUAUCUAGUUCAACAAGAGAUUGAGGGGUGGGGAGACACGUUGUCGCAAAGUAGCGAUUACAGCUCUGAUAGUGAUACGGGAGGCUCCCGUUUUGAUUCCAGUCAAUCCUCAGACUCAGAAUCUCUAAAUAACUUUGCAACAACAAGUACUAGGCUCACUAUUAAACGAACCGACAAGCAGUCCGUUCAGCAAAGAACGCGCUAUAGAAAUAGAAUUGCUUAUCUAAUUGCCACCAAGAGGAAAAAACUGAAACGUUUAGCAUUAAAGGGAUCUCCGAGAGUGCUGCGUCGCUCAGCUAUCAAUAAGUAUAAACAAAUCAAUAACAAAAUAGGGAAAAAGAAACGUAUAUCGCACCGAACUCAACCGCGAAAAAUUGCUAGUAAAAGAUUUAGGAAGAAUAACCUAAAACGUCCACUGAAAGACCAGACAAGCGACUCGGAAACACCAAAAAAGUCAAAAAAACGAAGACUACUAAGCUUAGGAUCAACUUCGUAUAGAAGCUUUCGACGAAAAGUGAAGACACCGCUAUCAUCCACUUCCAAUACUAGUACUCGAGCCGCAGAUAAGUCAGAUACAAGCACCACAGACAUCGAUGAACAGCACACUACUCCUAAUGUAUUGCCACAAAUACUUGAACAACAAAAAUUAAUUGAUGAAGAAUUGGCCCGUGCACGUGCCGAAGAACGAAAACGAAUUCUAGAUGUGCCAAGUACGAGCACUGGAAUAACAUCAAAUGGCAAAAAUGUUAUGUUCCGUUUCAAUCACCAUUUGCCGGACUCUGAUGACGACUUAUCGAGCUCCGAAAUGAAUGGCAGUCGUACGAAUAAUAAUUGUUUGACAACAGAUGAAGAAACUAAUUUACAAAAUUCUUCUAUCAAUGAUUACGUUUGUUCCAGUCGUUCCAAUUCUCGUCUCUCAAGCAGCUACCAAGACGAAGUGUCAUCAAGUUGUCCGGAAAAUGAUGAUAAAUUAGAUUCGACGUAUCAAGAAGAUCAGCAGUAUCAGAAAACUCCCGUUAAAAGAAUUUCAAAUUUCGCUAACCUGUCCACGCCAGAUAGUGGCUUUGGUUGUAGCAGCUCUGGCGGCUCAACGCAAAAAUGCGAAAACGAAAAUGGCUUUUUGGAGAUUGAUGGUAGUCAUGGCAAUUCAUCAAAUAAUCACAAUCAAUCUUUGCGGUUCGUUCAAAAGUUGAAUCGCAUUAAGAAAAAUCAUAGGGAAUUCGAAGAAUCUGAUUCCGACUAAAUUGUCUAAGUAGGUGUCUUAGAGUAACAUUUUUUAUAGAUCAUAUUAUUUAGAUUAAGUAUAAUUUUAAGUAAGCAUUCGUACAAGACUUUCGAAAUUACGUUGAACCGUGUUCUCUUUUGUAUUUGAAUUAUCGAAAGUACUUUUCCAAAAUUAUACGUUUUAUUUUUUUUUAAACUUUAUGGUAAAUACACAAUAUGAGUACUAACAUUAAAAUCUUAACAGAAAAAAUACAUAUUUGAGCAUCAGAAAUAAAAAUAUAA